AUGGGUGAAUUCCAAAGAAAUGAAAACAAACAUAAAUCUUGGCAACAAUUCUUUUUAUAUCCGCUUUUUUUUCGGGAAGAUCUUUACGCAAUUGCUCAUGAUCAUCAUUUAGAUAGAUCUGGUUCCUCCGAACCAACGGAAAUUUUAGUUUCUAAUUUUUUGAGUUUCCUAACUGUAAAACGUUCAAUUCGUCGGAUGCGUAAACAAACUAAUUCCAUUAGUUUAUUCGGGAAUUCCGAUCCAAAUAAAUUGAUUGAAUGCAAUAAGAAUUUUUAUUCUAAAUCGAUACUAGAAGGUUUUACAAUUGUCUUGGAAGUUUCGUUCGCAAUGCGAUCAAAACAUUUCAUAGAAGGAAUGAAUGGGUGGAAUAGUCUCCGAUCCAUCCAUUGCCUAUUUCCUCUUAUGGAGGAUAAGUUACCGCAUUCCAAUUAUAUAUCAGAUAUACGAGUGCCCUACUCAAUUCAUCCGGAAAUUUUGGUUCGAAUUUUUCGUCGCUGGAUUCGAGAUGCUCCUUCUUUGCAUUUAUUACGAUCCAUUCUCCAUGAAUGGAAAAAUAGUUUUAGUCGAGAAAAUUUGCAGAAAGCUCUGAUUACACAGAUAGAAAAUACGAGGUUCUCCCUGUUCCUUUGGAAUUCUUAUGUGUAUGAAUGCGAAUCGUUUUUAAUUCCUCUUAUUAAACGAUUUUUUAAUUCACAAUCGUUGUUAUAUGGAUCUUUUCCCGAUCGAACUCAUUUUGAUAAAAAGAUCAAAGAUAUUGUUCUAUUUCCCCGUAAAAUUUCAACAAAAAAGAUCUGGUUGUUGAAGGAUUCUUUCAUCCAUUAUGUGAGAUAUGGAGAAAGAUCCCUUAUGGCUCUAAAGGGUACGCACCUUCAAGUGAAAAAAUGUAGAUAUCAUCUGUUUCAUUUUUGGCAAUACUAUUUUCAUCUUUGGUUUCAACCGUAUAGGAUAUGCAGUCUUCAAUUAUCCAAGACUUCUUUUUCUUUUUUAGGUUAUUUUCUGCAUGUUAAAAUGAAACCUCUCGUGGUUAGGGUCAAAAUGCUAGACGAUUUAUUCAUUACCGAUCUCAUUACCAAUGAAUUAAACCCAAUAGCUCCGAUUAGAGCAAUUCUUUUCUUUUUGGCUAAAGAAAAGUUUUGUGACAUCUCAGGGUGGCCAAUUAGUAAAUUGUCUUGGACCAGUCUAUCAGAUGAUGAUAUCCUCGAUCGAUUCGAUCGAAUUUGGAUAAAUCUUUUUCAUUACUACAGUGGAUCAAUCAAUCAAGAGGGUUUAUAUCAUAUAAAAUAUAUACUUCUACUUUCGUGUGCUAAAACUUUGGCCUGUAAACAUAAAAGUACGAUACGUGUAGUUCGGGAACAAUUAGGUUCGGAACUCUUUACAAAAUCAUUUUCAAAAGAAAAAUUCAUUUCUUCGUCCUUUUCAAAAACUCGUUCACAGAGAGAACGAAUUUGGAAUUCAGAAAUUAGCCAGAUAAAUCCCCUGGCUAAUUUCUGGCAAAAGAUGCAGAAUAAACAAAUAGAAAACUGA